AUGGCGCUUGCUUGGAAGCCAUCUUUUGUUUUCGUCAAAGAAUCAAAAAACCUCACUGGAUCGUCCACCAGUGACGUUCAUAAGCCCAGUUUAUGGUAUUACGAGUUAUUGAUAUUCUUGGAGAAAAAAAAUGAUGUGAAAAGAAAGGGAAUUGAUUCAUUCAUGGGUGACGAGGAAGACGAACAACAAAUAGGCCGGACGAAUCAAAAAAAUCUGACAAGAGAACGCAACAUCGAAAUUAAAAAAGAAAAACUAAUAGAUGCAGCAAAUGAUUUAUUAACGAACAGAAGGGAAACUAAUGCAUUCGGAGUAUAUGUGGGCAAGAAAAUGGAAGAAAUACCCGUUGGUCAGCAGCGAGAUCUCGCUGAGAAACUAAUUUCAGAGGUCAUUUUUCUUGCUAAGACUAAUAAUUUGACCUUUGACACAAGAAUAGAAAUUCCAUCAAGAACAAAUCACUAUUCUUCACAUAACUCUGUUCAAUCGUACUUCGUACACUCUACUCCUUCGAUUUCCUCUAACGGCAAUCAGUAUAUCCAAACUGAAUCAACUCCUUCUCCAUCCUCUCUUGCACAAUAUUCUCCGUCAACUGCUUCAUCUCAUUCUUACCUAAUCUCUCAACCUGUGAAUUCACCAUCCCCAAAUUGUCCUAUUCCAAUACAAUCACCCACUUCUACUUCCUCUCAUACACAACAUCCAUCAACUGUUUCACCUCAUUCUUACCUAAUAUCUCAAUCAGUGAAUUCACCAUCCCCAAAUUGUCCUAUUCCCAUUCAAUCACCCACUUCUCCUUUCUCUCAUACACAACAUCUAUCACCUGCUACAUCUCAUUCUUACCAAAUAUUUCCAAAUUCCUCACAAAUUACACAUUCAAAUUCUACGCCAUCUUCACAGAACGCUGUCAACAUAAUUGAGAAUACAGUGUUGUAUGCAGAGGACCCGGCGGAAGGAGUUUUGAAAGAAUUGGUAGUAAAAUGGCUCCGACCAGGUCCAGGGGUGAAAAAAGAGGACAAUUGUGCUGAAGAAGGCCUAAAGCAGAAGAAUGCUGUUCAAAGAGGCCAAUUGUCUCAGCGUGCUGCAGCUUCCAGGCAUAAUAUUCCGCGAAGAACAUUGAGGGAUCAUUUAAAAACGGGCACAAUCGUUAAACGUUUGGGAAGAAAACCAAUUUUUACAGAACAUCAAGAAAAUGACCUCGUUGAACGAAUAAAAAGAUUCGCUAAAAUAGGUGUACCCGUCACGCCAAAAUUUAUAAGAAAACAAGCAUAUAUGUUUUGUGAAACAUACGAAAUAAAAAAUAAUUUCAAUAAUUCCAAAAGAAUUGCCGCAUUGCAUGGCACUGAUUGGUUGAGAUACUUUUUAAAGCGGAAUCCCUCAAUUAGCGAACGAAAGCCGCAAAUAAUGAAUCCAGCUCGAGCACAAAAAUUAAACAAAACAAUUGUUCAGCAACAUUUUCAGAGUGUGCAAAAAUUGUACAAUGAGAUGGAUAUCCUACAACAUCCAGAAAAAUUGUACAAUGAGAUGGAUAUCCUACAACAUCCAGAAAAUUUGUACAAUGAGAUGGAUAUCCUACAACAUCCAGAAAAUUUUUACAAUGAGAUGGAUAUCCUACAACAUCCAGAAAAAUUGUACAAUGAGAUGGAACCAAUAGAAUUACAAUGA